CAGCUUUCGAUACUUUCCUUUUCAGAUUCUGCGUUUCUUUACAUUGACGAACCAGACCAAUUCUUAACUUCUCUACUCGCCACAAUUCAUAUAAAUCUUGAUCACCAAGUUCUUUUCUGACGUUUUGGCUCUCUCUCUCUCUCUCUGUGGGACGCUUCGCUUUCUCUCUCUAUCUCCUCUGCUUCUUGAUUUUUCAUGCCAUAUUCUCUGAUUCUUGAAUUGACCACCCAUCUCUCUGCUCCUUGUUUUGAGCUUCUUGGGUGCAGAAUCUUGGCGUAACUUGGUUGCCAUUUAUAAGCCAUGCACCUGUUCUUUCCUUACCUUGGCCAUUAGCCGAAUCUCCCAUUGGGCGAUACUUACCUUUUGUUUAUCAAUCUCUCUUCCUCUCGCAUCCCUCCCCAUUGAACCCCCCAAAAGUUUCCUCCUUGUUUCCUCUCCCCCUGUUCUUCUUUUCCCCCCCUUUGGAGACCUCGGAGCUAGAAGCGAACAUCGACGAUGUUGGACGGUAUAUUGAAAUCGAAGUUCCAUAACAAAUGCAAGACGGCGAUAAAGCUCACAAAGACGCGGUUGGAGACGAUAAUGAAGAAGAGGAAUUCUGUGGAGAGGUACUUGAGGAAGGACAUUGCCGAUCUCCUCGGGAAUGGUCUGGACACCAAUGCCUAUGGCAGGGCCGAGGGUCUUCUCAUCGAGCAGAACAUGACCUCGUGCUACAAUCUCGUCAAGCAAUUCUGCGAGUGCAUAUCGGAUCAAAUAACAGCAAUGCAGAAGCAGAGUGAAUGCCCUGAAGAAUGCCGAGAGGCCAUAGCAUCUCUAAUGUACGCCGCUGCUCGAUUUGCUGAUCUGCCGGAACUACGUGAGCUGAGAAGUUUAUUUGCAGAUCGUUAUGGAAAAUCUCUUGAACCCUUUGUUAAUAAAGAGUUUGUCGAGAAAAUGAGGUCGCAGCAGCGCACCAAGGAUAUGAAGCUUCAGCUGAUGCGCGACCUUGCUCUCGAGUUCUCUGUGGACUGGGAUUCCAAGGCAUUGGAGCAGAAGCUGUUUAACGCGACUCCACAUCAAGAGGAAUCCAAAGUCAGGUCUUCAGGCAAUACCGCUGACAAUGACUAUCAUAAGCAGCAUAAAAGCGAGGACCAUGCUGACUCAAAAAGGGAGAGUGACUAUGCUGAAGACAAACCACAGAAGGACAUGCUUGACCCUUUUGCAUCCAAAAGAAAUGGUAGGGACCUUCCCUUCUACGGAAGAAAGGGAGUCACAGACGACACCGAUAAGCUGAGCAGCAGCAGCAGCAGCGAGGCCGAAGUGAUUUCUCCACCUAAAAAGGAAUUUCCUCGAGGAGACAAGCCUAACUACAGUUCAAGUUCAUCUGGAAGCCCGUCAGAGGACGACACAAGUCGUAAUAAGCCAUUAAGCUAUAGAGACAUCCCUCCCCCUUAUGUCAAAGCCAAGAUAGAAAGAAACAGAGGCAUUACCGAUGAAACUCCGACAAAUACUGCUUCUGAGCUUGUUGACAAGAACUGCGAAGCUAGGAACCCAGUAGGUGUAGCCAAGCCAAAGCCGAGGUCAGUCAGGCAGCGCCCAUUACCACCGCCCCCAGGUCGUGAAUCCGAGCUGACCCGAGCCACAGAAAUUGAUGAUGAAGAAGAAAGGAGGUUAGACGGGCUCUUGAUGCACUACAGUAAGAAGCAAUCGCCCUACGACCUGAGCGAACCAAGGGGGUCUAUAAAACCGCCUCCUAAGCUAAGAACGUACCAGGAAAACGGUGAACCUGUGCAGCACAAGAGCACGAAAUCUGAUGUGUUUGCUGCACCAGCUAGAGGGGCUUCUCUUCCGCUGGAGCCGACGACUCCAGCCGAGGCCACCGAGUCGGCAAAAGGGCACUGCCGGUCCACUUCUCUACAGCCGGACAUGUUGGCCGGACAUGUUCAUCCUAAUCUUCCGGACUAUGACGAUUUGGCAGCGCGGAUUGCUGCUCUCAGAGGGAGAUAAAAACAGGACACGGUCGAGUCUUUAGAUUCUCUACAGUUCUUCCAUUCAAUAUGUUCUUGAAUGCUUCUUAUCAACAUCAGAACAUUGUAACAUUACUGGGGAAUUUACUAGGUGUAGUACCUUUCUAGGUAGGUCGUCUUCUCUCUUUUCCGUUCUUCUUUUUUCUUUUUUUAGAGUUUUACCUGUAAGAUCAUCCUCACAUUGGACAGGUGCUGCGUGGGAUGCUAUCUUUUUACUCUGUUCUCUUGUACAUGUUUCAAAGAGACUUCGUGAAUAUGACAUCCUAAUCUAACAGAGAGAGAUCAUUUCUUUCUUAA